AUGCAUCAAAGUAAUGGCCAGGUUGAGCGAUACUGUAGAACAGUAUUGAAUAUGAUUCGUGUGGAAGCUAAUUUUCGACAGGAAGCUUGGUCUGAUGUUUUAUGGAAAAUACAGCUCACCUUAAACCUUACGAAACAAAAGUCAACUCAAUAUUCGCCUCUAAAUCUGUUGACGGGUAACGAAGCUGUGACACCCAUCAUACCAUCCAUAGUGCGAGAUGUGGCUUUGGAAGGAAAGAGCCCGAAUCGAGAAUCAUUACGUAAUCGUUACGUGAACUUGCCCGUCAACCAAGAUGUAGUUUUUGUGCCUAAAAGCAAUCAAUUGACUGGUAAACUGGAUUCAGGGAUGAAAGGACCCUAUAAAGUCAUGAGGGCCUUGCCACAUGAUCGAUAUGAAUUGAAACUAUUAGCUGGGUCGUAUGGAAAGGUCACACAAGCAGCGGCUGCAUAUAUGACGUUAUGGCAUGGUGAAUGGACGCCAGAAGUAUGUACAUCCUUCUUUGAGUGUGAUAAUGAAGAUCCCAAGGACGGUGUUGUUGCAGGCCCAUCAAAUUACACGUACAACUCCUUGAUACAACCGGAAGAAGAAGCGGGCGAGGACGCGCCGCAGUCAGGAGAGGCCGUGUUAGCAUAA